AUGGCAGUAGACCUCAUGGCUGUCAAUACAUGGACGGACAGAAUAACAAGUGUAUCUCGGUUGAUUAUAAGUGAUGAUUUUCGUCGUUGUUACGAGCACAUUCACACAAUAACUGUACGCCUCCCUGUUAAUCAAUCUGGGGAGGAUAACAGCUGAAUGCCUUUCCAGUUCUGUCCUCAGUGUGGGACAAAGUUGCAGCCUGGAUUCAGAUUCUGUCCAUCGUGUGGAGAGAAGCUUCCGAGUCCUGGUCCUGAUGAACCUAUAACCGUGAGCUCGACAGCUUCUUUAAGUCGCACUCCACUCAAGAGUGGUGAAGCUGCAAUAUCAGUAGUUAACACAAGCCUUGUUGCUUCAAGUGCAAGUGUUGAGCCCACUGAGAGUAAAGCCUAUGCUUGCACUACAUCAUUUCCACUAACACCUCGUCCUGCACUCCGAAAGACCCGUAACUCCCUACGACUGGACAAGGAUGUUAAAUUCAACCUUGCCACUUCACCUGUGGUGCUCCCCACUAAACCGGUCAGAGAUGACAAGACAGAAGACCGUGGUGUUGGAUUGGCUAGAACUCCUACAAAGCAGCACACAGUCACUUUUAAACCUGAUGCAUCAGUAGAGCCAACUGUAGAGUCUUCCUCUUCUCCUCUUGCAAAAUCCCCUCGACCUGUCAGGGGAAAGGCAAAACUCUCCAGCCCUGCUAAGAAGCAGGCAGAAGAUGGAAAGAAGCUGACUGAUAAAACAAGUAAGAAAGCAGAAGAAUCGGCAGUAGACGGAUGUCCGGUGGCCGUGACUUCCCCUGUUUCCUCUCCAAUCUCCAGGUCACCAUUUAGAGCUACAGCAAAAAGCAAAGCCAAGAAGGCAAAGCAUGUGCCGGCUGUGGAGCCGCUUCAGGAAGGUGAAGAAGUGACGGACACAGUGGGCAAGAACUGGAAGCUGCUGAAACUGCUCAGUCAGUGUACGACGGAACUCCUCUACGAAGUGGCCCAAACAGUUUCACGACCCAGUUCCAAAGAAUCAAAUCACAUCCUCAAACUGGGAGCUAAAGAUGGGAGAAUCUUUAAUGAGCAGAACUUCCUGCAGAGAGCUGCUAAACCUGCAACUGUGGACAAGUGGAUCAAACAAAACAAGUUGGAUUUUCUUGGGAUUCCUUCCUGUGUUGGCUUCGGUCCUCAUGCAGAUUCCUACAGGUUUUUGAUUUUCCCAGACAUGGGUCAGUCUCUGCAGUCUGUCAUGGAGGAAGAAGAUGAGCUUCUGUCUGAGAAAGUCGUCCUGCAGCUCGCCUGUAGAAUAUUGGAUGUUCUGCAGUAUAUCCAUUCAAAUGAGUAUGUUCACGCUGAUAUAAAUGCAGAAAACAUUUACAUCAAACCAGGACAGAAAUCACAGGUAUAUCUGGUAGGAUACUGCCAUGCUUUCAGGUUCUGUCCAGGUGGACAACAUGUUGAGUACCGUGAAGCCAGCAGGACGCCACAUGAGGGCACCAUCGAGUUCAUCAGCCUGGACACACACAAGGGAGCAGCUCCAUCUCGACGCAGUGACCUGCAGUCUCUUGGUUACUGCAUGCUGCGCUGGCACACAGGGACACUGCCGUGGACGGCUGUCACUCAGCCGGACCAGGUAGCCACACAGAAACAGAGGUACAUUGAGGAUGUUCCUGCCCUGUUGAGCCACUGCUUUGGAAAGAAGAGAGUCUCCAGUGCAUUUCAAACAUACCUGACCACAGUGAUGACUCUGCAGUUCUCUGAGCAGCCGGACUACUCUGUGCUGAAGGACGGACUCAGUCGGGCUUUACUGCAGCUGGGAGGGUCGCUGGAGCAGCCGCUCAGUUUUUAGAGAAGUGGAACAAAAAGAAAACAACUAGAAGAUGGGCUGUUUUUUUUUUGUUGUUUUUUUUAAAACUCAUGCUGUUUAUCUGUGAUGUUUCAUUGCACUGAGAGUGUUGUAGAGUUCAGUCUGUGUAGAUGACACUCAGGAUUAUUGGGUUUCCAUUAGGAUCAUUUUAAUCAUUUAUGACAUUGUUGUGUUUUCUCAGAGGAGUUGCACUGUUGGGUUUACAUGUCACUGCUAACGACAAUAGUGAGAGUCAAGUUUUUGAGUUUUGCAGAACAGAUGUGUGUGAUAUUGAUGCUUUGUUAGAUAAAUGUGUCACAGUGGUCUUCUAAACUUUACUGGUAUUUUGACUGAUCGCUUGUUUUUCUAUUAGAUUAUGUGUUUUUUAAUGAAUUCACCAGGGAUGUGUUUCCCUGUUUUACCUCUUUGACAGAAACCGUUAAAAAACAAGCCAACAUACAGCUGAAUUAACACAAAUUCUCAACGUUCAUUUAAGUAUCUGCACACAUCGUUUGUUUGCCUGAACAAAACCACAGCGUUUGUUACAAGUGCCUUAUUGUCCUUUGACAUUCAGUUAUUUGGUCUGAAAUUCAUAGAGCACCAGAAACACAUAAUUUAUUAAUGUUCACAAGUAAACCUCUCCAUUUAAAUAUGUGUUUUAAAUAAAUAAUUCUUCAGUAAA